AAGGGGCAGGGAGGGGAUGGGAGGGCGGACUUCACAUCUGCUCGGCGGUGUCACCGCCGCGAUGAUUUUUGUUGUUGUUCUGUGAUCGUGCUGCUGGCUCGCGAAGGGGCGGGCGGUGGCAGCAGUAGCAGCAGCGUUCAGCCAGCGGAGGUGCUCCCUUACCCCACCCCCCAAACCCCCAAACCGAACGGGCAAUUUAAAAUCUUCGACGGCGAUCGCUGAAAAACAAAUGAACAGCCCGAGAGGCGCCCCACUCUUCUCUCCAUCGUGCGGCGGCGAUAUUCAAGUGCGAAUGCCAAACAAGCCGUUCAUUUCAAUGGACUGACAGACAGACGGAGAGAUUGAAUUGCGCAACUGGGGAGGUGCGAAGGAUUAAACGCGGAACGGCAUUUUUUUUUUUAAAAUAAAUAUCGCUCUCUCAGUCUCUCGCGGAGGCUCCGGGUGACCAAGCAAGCCCCUUCGUUGAGUGGAUGAUUUCCCACCAAGGAAACGCGCAACCGCCUCGUUACUGAGUUCCCUUUAUGCCCAAGGGCGCUCCGGACAUAAGGGCGACGUGCGGAAGGACAAGGCGGCACGUGCCCACCCCGAGCAGAUAGAUGCCAAUUUGCGCGUCACUGGAGGAGCGGCCGGAGUCUUCAGACGCCACGGGCCGGUCGGUGUCUCGUUGGUUUGGAGAUCCUGCGCAAGCGAAACGCUGAGAAGCCCAGAGAGGAGCGAGCUGCUGCUGCUGCCGCUGCCGCCUCGACACUCCAAGGUCAACGGCAGCGAUGUUCUGCACCUCGGAUCGCAUCGCAACAGCCAGAGAUCUCCUCCGUCGCUCCAACAUCUACAGGGGCAAAGGCACGCGUGUUUGAGAAGAGACCCGAGCGAACAAGAGGUCAUUUGGGUGGCUUUGCUCAUCGCAACCCCACCCUUGCCGCUGCAUUGACGGCAACGUCCACUGCUGCUGGAUGAUACCGACUUUGUGGUGGUGACAUUGACGCCGUGGGAAAUCGGAGGGGCGAACAGAGAGAAGAGAGAGAGGGAGGGAGGUCGGCACGUAAGUGCGGGGCUUUCGGGCACCGGGCAGACAGCGUGAGCCACUAAAACAAGCUGGGAAGCUUGCGGGAUUCCAAUGUCCGCGUAAUUGCCGAGUAAGUGCCACUGAAAUACUGGCUCUGGGCUCCGGAGAAAACAAAAAAAGGAAGAGUUGUCCCACCAUCUCGAGAUCAUCAAUGGUUAGGGAUGCCUCUGGCCUGACGUGGUAUGAUUUACUGCCCGACAGCCAUAAUGGCCAUGCAGCAGGAUGAGACCCUGAGCCGGGUGGUGCUGCUGCCCCCUGAGCCGGCAGUAGGGACAGAGCUGCCUGAACCGAGCGCCAUCAGAGAAUCGGCGAUCGGUGGUGAUGCGGAGAGCACCGAGCCGCCACUGUCGACGGAGCAACCCUGCGUGGAGAAACCGCGGAGACAUUCGAACGAUGAGGAGUCGGAGCAGAGUGACCACCUCGAUGAGUUUUGCUUUGACUUCCAGCCGAUGCGGAAGAGGCACACGCGGUCCAAGAAGGGUCGUUAUUUCCAGCAGAGCCGCUUCUCAUCCACCGAGCUUCGGCCCCUCCGGAGGGAGCUGAUCCGGAGUGAUGCAGUCGAGGACUCCGAGCACAGCAAACGCUUCCAGGAGUUCUGCACGAAGAUCGCACGCAGGAGGAGCUAUGAGGGCAGUGGCGGAGGUGGCGACUCCAAGGACAGCCAGGAGGACGAGCUACUCUCAGACCUCAGGACGUACGGUGGGCCCAGGAUGCGAAGGAGCAUGACCGGGGGUGCGGAGCAGGGCCUCAUAUCUGACCUAGAGCGCUGGAAGGCGGCCGGCAGCAGCGGGGACACAGACCAGCGAAAGUGGCGCUUGGAGUCGCGGUCAGACUCGUGCUCAUCGGGCAAAGAGCGGGUGCGCAGCAGCGCCAGCGGCGAGUCGGACCACAGCCUGCUGCUGCACGACACGCGCAAGGAGCGCCACCGCAGCAGCGCCAGCGGAGAAUCCUCGGAGCACGAGAUCUUCCACGAGUGCCACUCGGACGUCUUCCGUUCGCGCAGCAGCAUCAUCAAGUACCUGGAGGAGAUCGACGACUGCUCGGACCGCCACUCGGAAGCCUCCAACCCCAAGGAGGAGCCCGACCUCGGAGACCCGUGCAAGGAAGCGAGUGACCUUCACCACCACCUCCAUCAGCACCACCAUCACCACCGCCGGUCACCCCAGCCCAUCCUGCCUUGCUCGACCCUAGACACGCAAACCGAGGAGGCAGCUGCGGUGCCCACGACAGACCAUGCUCUGCUGCCGGCCAUCGUGGAGGACGACUGCAUGCAGAUAACGCACAAGCUGCUGCACCCGUACGAGGACGUGCGGGAAGGCGAGGACGACGAUGAUGACGACGACGACGACUACUACAAGGCAGUGGGGACAGCUGGUGGCUGCAGUGGCGGAGGAGGGGGAGAGGCCACGGCAUCGGGCGAUGCCGGGGACGAGGACGACGACGACGACGAAGAUGACAACGAUGGGAAGGAAGUACUUCCGGGGCCGGUGAGGCAGGAGCCGCGCCGAGCUGGAGUCGGCGCAACCGCCGGUGGCGCCGCUGGUGCUGGAGUGCGGAUACGCAUGCUGCAGAACCGCUCGACGGGCGGUGGGAUCCUGGACGGACUCUUCGGGUGUCUGCGACCUGUGUGGCACAUCUUUGGAAGGAACUACACGGCCGAGCCCAAGGUGCAGCAGCAAGGUAAAGACAGCUGGGAGGUGCCGUUUGAGGAGAUCUCGGAACUGCAGUGGUUGGGCAGCGGCGCGCAGGGCGCCGUCUUCCUGGGAAAGUUCCGCGGAGAGCACGUGGCUGUCAAGAAGGUGCGGGAGCAGAAGGAGACCGACAUCAAGCACCUGCACAAGCUCAGGCACCCCAACAUCAUCACGUUCAAGGGUGUGUGCACGCACGCUCCCUGCUACUGCAUCAUCAUGGAGUACUGCGCGCAAGGUCAGCUGUACGAGGUCCUGCGUGCCGGCCGUCGCAUCAGCCCCGAGCUGCUGGUCGGCUGGACGCGGGGCAUUGCUCGUGGGAUGAGCUACCUACACCUGCACAAGAUCAUACACCGCGACCUAAAGUCGCCCAAUGUGCUCAUUACGCACGACGACGAGGUCAAGAUCUCCGACUUUGGAACGUCCAAGGAGAUGCGCGAGAAGAGCACACGCAUGUCGUUCGCCGGCACCGUGGCGUGGAUGGCACCCGAGGUUAUCCGCAAUGAGCCAGUCUCUGAGAAGGUGGACAUCUGGUCAUUUGGCGUGGUGCUGUGGGAGCUGCUCACCGGAGAGAUCCCAUAUCGCGACGUUGACUCGUCAGCCAUCAUCUGGGGUGUGGGCAGCAACAGUCUUCACCUGCCCAUUCCUGCCUCCUGUCCUGAGGGAUUCAAGAUUUUGCUCACCCAAUGCUGGAACAGCAAGCCCAGGAACCGGCCGUCUUUCCGUCAAAUCCUGCUCCACCUGGAGAUUGCCGCGGCCGAUGUUCUGUCGACACCCCUGGAGACCUUCUUCCACUCACAGGCUGAGUGGCGCGAGGAGGUGCGCAGUCAGUUUGAGAAGAUUCGCACGGAGGGCGCCAGCAUACAUCGGCUGGACGAGGAGCUCAUAUCACGGCGCCGCCAGGAACUCAGGCACGCGCUGGACAUACGGGAGCACUAUGAGCAGAAGCUGGAGCGUGCCAAUGGGCUGUAUGCGGAGCUCAGCACCCUGAUGCUGCAGCUGGAGACAAGGGAGAAGGAGCUCAACAGCAACAACUUCUAUAACAAAAAAAGCAAGGCCACUGAAAGGAAAGAGCAGGCCAUGGCAAAAGUCUACUCCAGGAUCAGCAAACAGCACAAGGACCAUCCUGUGGCUCACUCCAGCACGCGGAAGAAGGGGCGGCUGCACUUCCGAAGGACGGACGUGUUGGGGUCAGAGGGCAUGUCGCGCAGCCUCGACUCGGUGUCGCCGCAGGGCAAGGCCCGGUCGCCGCGCUCACACGUUGGGAAGCUGCGGCAGCAGCUGGUGGCUGCCCACAGCCUGCAGGGCAGCGGGCACCUCGACGCAAAGGCAGCUCUGCUGCAACGGCCGGCGACAGACGGCGACGCCACCACCACGGACCCUCAGCACUCCUCCAUGCCCUGUCUGGGCCCCAAUGCUGAGACACAGAGCUGCCCCGACAUCAGGAAUUCCGACCGCCUCAGUGGCUCCAGCCAAGAUCCCGUCAGCUCCGUGGCAGUAACAGAAGGGUCAUCGUUGAGACUGGAAGAACAAGCUGCUGGUGGUGAUGGCGGUGUUGGUGGUGGUGAUGGAGAGAGUGCUGGUGAUGGUGCAAGUUCCAGUGUGGUAACAGGAGGCUGCAGGACCUGCCCAGGUCAGCUUUCAAAGAGCAGCAGGCAUGAGGGGCGUAUAAACACCAAGGGCACCGGCGAGACCACGGACGAAGAAGGGGAGGUGGAAAGUGAAGCAGACUUUCUGCACAAAACAAGGUCCCUUCUCGGCGCCAGCAGCUCAGCCUCUGACAGCCACAGCUCGGCCUCGGAGGAGGAGCGGGAGCGGUCAUCGGAGCACUCGCUCGGGGCUGCCACAGACGUGGAGAGCGACCUCCCGGCCUCGGCACUCACCAGCUCCACCGAGCUCAGCGGCGGCGGCGGCAGUUUCGUUGGAGGUGGCGCCGGGGGCAGUGGUGGUGUUGGUAGUGCCAGCGGUGGUAGGGGUCACAGUGCGGUUGGUCGCACUGCCGGCGGUACUGCUGCGAAGCUGACCACAGCGAGCGUCUGCCGUGGAUUCGUCGACUUGGAUGUGGAUUAACUGGGCAGGUGCUGCCAGCUGAGCGAGAUCCAUUGUGACAAGAAGUCCUCAUAUGGCCAUGGCCAUUAUGCUGAGCCAACGCAACAAAUGUGACCAGCAGAAUAAUAAAUAGUACUUCAUGUUUCCCUGACCCAAGCAAUGCUUUCGCAGAUUGCUGAUGUCUGUUUGGAAUAUUUAAAUUAUUAAAGGGAUUUAUAUUAAUUUUUAUCGGCUCUCUGUCAAACCUUGUUUGGCGAGUCGGGAAAAACCUGAAUUUAUUAUGUCUGCCUGGCCAGUGGUGGACUUUUUGGUAGGAACUAUGAAAUACUCAAAUAAUAUGACAUGUUUGAGCCAGGUUUAAAGAAGUGACAUUGCUGGAUGCUCACCCAUUUAAUUGCAUAAUCAUGUGUUUUUUUUAUUUAAGGCUUUCCUUUGACAGGGUGUAAAUAGCACUACUAUAAAUGUAAGUUGUAGGCUGGGUACUAGAUCUAUCAAAGUGUUUGGUUGACAGUUGAUUUCCAGAAGAGUGCAGCAGUUAAAACGUUGGUGCAAGUUUAUUAAAUCCUCCUCGACUCUGUCCACCCAGCAAUAUAAAUGGAUACGCUACAAUCGAUCGGCAGGAUGUGUGUGGCAGGGUAAAGUGUGGGUACUCCGACAAUUUAUUCAUUUAUGAUACCUGUUUACCCACAAAAGCCUCACUGAAUCCAUGACUCUUUUUCAGGAGGGGUCCUGCCACCUCUUCCAAGAUGUCUGGCCAGUGUGGUAGAGUCCGCCAAAUUAUCCUCGAGGGGCUCUCUCGAGCUCCCUCGAGUGGACGCCCUUCCGCCAACAGUGGCGUGAGCGACCAAUUGCAGGGCUGCACCUAUACCAAAGCGUAUCGACUGUUGAAAAGGAAACGUUAAAGAUCCAAAAUAAAAUAAAAAUAAAAACAAUAGCUAGAAUUCAUCCAAAUUCCAAGUUUGCAAAGAUAGCCUUAAUUUGUUUAAUUCAAUGUAGGAAGUUUAUAUUGAAUAUUUAAUAAUUAGCCAAACAAAUAAUGUCAUCAGGUAGGCUGUUAUAUAUUGUAGUUGACUAUUUAAUGUUCCAGUCACUUACCCUCAAGCCCACCACUGCCUCUGGAUGCUGGUGUCCCAUAUAUGUGGUCCCAAUAAUGUUUUUUUGCAUGACCAAUUACAACGAAUGCAAUGACGUUUCAGGCUGCUGGUAUGGGUGCUGGCCAUAACGUUUCCUUCAACCGGAGUAAGCCAUGGUUGAGUAAGGCCCAAGCCAUUCUCUUGAUAGGUGGGCUGUUUGCUUUAGUUGGCUCGAUGUUGGAUGAGACGAUUUAACAGAAAGAUGCCUGCAUUACAAACGAAGCAAGAAAUGACAAAUGCUGAUAUAAUUAUACAAGGUGCACAGCAAAAUCAUGGACUGGAUUCCGGUGUUUGUUUGGAAUGGAUACAGCAUUGCAGGUGUCCUGCUGUGUCUUGCACACGAGGUGGUUAAAUGUCACUGUAAAAAAAAUCCAGAUGGCUCACAUCAAAUGUGGCCAGUGCUCUUUGAUUUUGGAUAUUAGUUCCAUGUAAUUCUUUGGCUUGCACCAGACAUGGGAUAGAGAGCUGGAUAAAUUUCCGAUUUAAUUGUGCAGAGGAAUUAAAGAGAAAAUUUAGGUCACGUGCAUGCACACACAGCACUCCAAUUUACACACUAAACAUGGAAGGUAUGACAGCAUGGAAAAGUGGGAGAUAAUUUUCUGAGUUGAAAAUAAUAAAAAUCCACCUAGUUAUAAAUUACCACAUUUGAAGCAGAGUAGUUAAGUGGCAUGCGAAAUGCAAUUAAAUUAUGAAUACUUUCUAUCAGUACAGUAGUAACAGCCCAAUUUAGCCAUUAGCAGCACAAUUUUUUUUAUUUUUAUGCCAUCUUAUGGGCUUGAUGACAACUAUGUUUUCUCAAACGCGGACGUUUAGCAGAGUUCUGAGGAUUUUUUCUUUUGCACAUCACAUUUGUGUUAUUAUAAAUUGGCAAGUUUUGAAGAUUGAAUUAAUACUUUCUUUUGUUGCUCAUUGUUAAUGCAGAAUGUGUUUUUUGACCCUGCAUAAACAACAGCAGUCCAUACGUACCAGCUGCUGUACUGAUGUUGGAGCAGCACUUUGUGCAUGCAUAGAUUCACUCCUGGAAAAGCUAACGCAUGCUUUGAUAUUGUGAAUGUGACAUGGCCAAAAUAAAGGCCAUUUCGUUGGAACUGGUGACUUCGAACUCAAAUGCGAUAGCACUACCUCUGGGUCACCAGGUAUCAUUUAUGUGGUUUGAAGAACGCACGGUGGAUGAUAAAGAAGGCAUGCGUGAUUCCAUUCCCAAUAACUCCUAAAGCCAUCACAGCAAUGCAGUAAAUAAUAUCCUGCUAUUGACCCUUCACCAACGUGGCCAAUACAUUUAAACUGAAUUAAUGGUUCACGACACAAAUGUUUUCUACUUGUUUCCAAGUUCUGCAACAUGGACUUGGACACAGCAGAAUGUUGAAAUGGGUGCAUUCGUACAUUUCAACAUCUAAUCAAUGGACAUCAACCCAAUGUUUUGAGUCUACCACUCUUCUCAAGUCACACACCAAACUGGCAUCAGCUGGAUUAUGAAUCAGGAUGUAUCUGUGGAUUGUUACAUAAAACGGAAAAUAUUUUCCAAAAAACAACACAGUGUGUUUCACACUAAUUAUAUCAGAAAUGUGUUUAUAAGGUGCUUUUAUGUUUAUAAUUCACCUUGUUAAUUUCCCAGUUUGCGGGCAUAUACAAAUUUGAUAAACCCCAAGGCUUUAAAGUUUAUUGGAACUCAGAUCAUCUGCAGGUGAGAUUGGUCGAAUAAAAUUGUGCACCGUUGAAAAACUUGACAGCUACAUUCCUCCAAAGACAAACUGGCUUCAGAACAUGAUUAAACAGUGCCUGUGUCGAAUUACGACAGUACACGGUAACGCCCAUGUUCCUGAGCUCUUUGUAAUUUGAAGCAUGCGUUUGCCAAUUCGAAAGUUUCUCGAGGCGUAAUUUUUUUUCUGGCCUGCAAAAUGAAUGUUUACGAUCUUAGGAUGUGCAUGUAGCACUCAACUUGAAAACCUGUCCAAAUUUGUGUUUUGGUUUUCAUCAACUGAGGUGCUAUGUGAUACGAGGGCAUUAUGAACGACUGUGACAGUGCAGAAGUAAAAUCCAUCCAGUGGUAAUGUGGAUGAUGCAAAAUGUAUGCAUGGAGUUCAUAAACUUAUAUUUGUCAAGAUGAUAACAACAGAGUAAUGGUGAUGAAACCAUUCCAAGCCAUAACGGUUUUCAUUUUAACUCAUACUUUCUGUAUUGUAGAACAUGCAACUCAAAAUGAAUUAAAUCUAACGUAGCCAUUAAAGAGACAUUUCCUUAUUGGAAAACAGUCAGUUAUUCACCUUAUAUGAUAUAAUUUCUGCGGGUUAUUCCUUCUACUUAUUGGAAACCCAUUGAAUGACACCAUGAUAUUUAACAAUGUAUUUGAGGAUGGAAAUGCGCGUCGGUUGUGGUGUCCUUUACCAUGCACAGCUUCGGAGUUCUGGUUGAAAUUAUUUAAUGGCAAACCAAACAAUGUAUCUGAGAGACCGUUUUCAUAUUGCCAGGAGAUAUUGGGCAGAGAAUUGGGCCCUUGGCAUUGGCACUAUGCUACACAAGCUCAAUGAAAACAUUGUUUAGGUCCAAGUCAUCCGUACUUAUAAAGUCACUCCCGUUUUAACAGAAGCUUCGUCUUAGAGGCAUGAAUCUUGGUAUUUCAGUGGAUUCGAGUCAGUGUGACUGUGAGUGAAAACAACAAAGCAAUCAAAUCUUACAGCCCAAUGACGCUGACAGUAACAUGGAUUUUUUAAAAGAAAAAUACUCGUGCAAUAUUUGGACACAAUAUUACGAAUACAUAAAUCGUCAUAAACAAUUACCACAGCACACAUCUUAUUAAAUUGUGCUACAGGGGCUUUAAAGACCAUUGAGAGUACCCAGGAGAUUGGUAUAGAAUAUUUACAGGAAAGUUUGGCACCCAGUUUCAUUGCUAGGGCAAGGGUUAAACUCUAAAUAAGACCGUGAUUCGCACUAGAAACCUGAUGUCAAAACGUGGACCGUAUUGUUCACACGUGUUGAAGAUAAGCCCAACUGACUCAAUGUUACCUUCACAUCCUCAACUACAUGUUGGCUUAGCUGCCCACCGACACAACAUAUCUCCGUGGCCAGAAUGAACGUGGUUCAAUGUUGCCUGUGAAAUACAGCCAGCUUGUCCCAGAUCUCCCUGAUGGCUUCCACUUAUUAAUAAAGUGGCUGGUCAGACAAGGGGUAGGGAAAGCGAUCAACAUGGAAUAGUAUGCACGAGCAUUAAUUUGAUCAAAGCAGGCUACCUGCCUGUGCAUUGUAACGCGGUUGCGGUGAGGUCACGUCUCACCUGAUUACGUUUCAAAUCAACGUGCCACUAAAAUAACAUCCCGAUACCUUUCGCCGUGAAGUUGCAAAAGAGAAAAAAAUAUUAUACGUGUAAAGUGCUCGUCAUUGCGUAUCUAUAUAUCAAACUGUGUACAAAAUUAUUUUAAAAAAUCGCAAAACUAAUGACAAAUACAGUAACCUAGCUAUGGGUGCUUCAGUUUAUACAACGGAAUUCACCGCAAUCGUCUUGAGUAGUUCAUUUUCUGUCUCUUAGGCACAUUAGCGUUUUUUGAAACGUGUACAGUAUGCGUAUAUAUUCAGUACAUGUACGUGUAUAAAUACAGCCGUUCAG